CUAUAUUUAAAUAUAUAUGUUCAUUUUAUCAUAAUAGAAACUAUAUAUUUAGCUUUUUGGAAUUGCCUACUUUUAUAAUGUACUUUAAUAUUUUUUCUACUUUCUUUUUAUUUCCAUAAAAUAGGUAAACAAACGGAAGCUGGCAAGGCUCCACAUUUCACCCAAAAACCUAUUAUAAAACAACCUCAGAAAAACCAACUUACAAUGACAUGCAAUCUUGAAUCAAGCUCCCAACCAGUUAUCAAAUGGUUUCGUGAAGCUACAGAAAUCAAGCAAGGUGGACGUUACACUAUUCAAACGACUAAGGAUCCUAAAGGUCCUAAUAUGUAUAUUAUCGUGCUGACAAUCAAAGAUCCAGCACCAGCCGAUGGUGGAGUAUAUAAGUGUGUUGCUUCAAAUGAGAAUGGUGAAUCUAAUGCAAAUAUAACACUGAAUUUCCAAGAUACAGAAAAAACUGAGCCUGCUGGAAAAGCACCAAAUUUCAAAGAAAAACCUAAAAUAUCACAAGACGCAUCAGGGAAAAACAUCCAUAUUGAAUGUAGUUGCACAGCUGAUCCAAAACCCACAAUUACUUGGUAUAAAGGCAGCACCCUCUUGAAAGAAAACAAUAGACUGAAAUUGAAAACAACCCAAGAUAAAGAAAACUAUUCCUUUAUGUUGGAUAUAUUGAAUUUCACUAAAGAUGAUGCUGGUGUGUACAAAGUGGUCGCUAAAAAUGCACAUGGAGAGGGCACUGCAAACAUCACUCUCAAUCUAGAUGCCCAACAAAAGGACAAAGAUGCAGAAAAAGAUGCAGAAAAAGAUAAAGAGAAAAAGACAAUAACGUUAACAGAUAAAGCCACAACUAAAGUUGAACUGGAUAAAAAACGAGUAACAUUUGAACAGAAAGUUGAUAGCAAGGAGAAACCAACUGCCCAAUGGUUUUUUGGAAACUCUCCUUUGAAAAGUGGUGGGAGAUACAAGAUGGAUGUGUCACAGAAAGAUGCAAGUUACUAUGCUAGCAUGCAAGUGGAUGAGGUUACCACAAAAGAUGCUGGUCCUUAUAAAUGUGUAAUUCAAACACCAUUCGGUGAAGCUGUUCAGCUAAUGAAAUUAUCAUCAACACAACUGAUCCCUCCUAAAGUGAAGGGCGAUGCUCCAAAAUUCAUCACAAAGCUGACAUCAAAGACAUUCACUAUUGGAGAGGCUAUGGAUAUUACACUUAAAGUUUCAGGAACUGAACCAAUUACCACCACAUGGUAUUUUAAUGAUAAAGAAAUCAAAGGUUCCUCAGCUGUAAAUAUUUCUUAUGAAAGAGGUACUGCUCGAUUCUAUAUGUCCAAAGUAACACCAAAAGACGCUGGCGUAUACACAGUUGAAUUGAAGAAUGCUGUUGGAUCUGAAAAAGGAUCAGCAAAUAUGAUUGUUAAAGAGGACGAGAAGAAGAAGCAGAGAGAAGAAGAGAUGCAACGAAAGGAAGAGGAGAGAAAGAAGCAAGAGGAGAGAGAAAAAUUAGAGAUGGAAGAGAAAGAAAAGAAAAAGAAAGAAGACGACAAGAAAAAGGAAGAGGAGAAAAAGAAAUUGGAAUUGAAAAAACAGGAAGAGGAAAAGAAGAAAGCAGAAGAGGAUAAAAAGAAGAAGGAGACUGAUGACAAAAAGAAGAAAGAGGAUGAUGAGAAAAAGAAAAAGGAAGAGGAAGAGAAGAAGAAAAAGGAAGAGGAAGAGAAGAAGAAAAAGGAAGAGGAAGAGAAAAAGAAAAAGGAAGAGGAAGAGAAAAAGAAGAAAGAGGAAGAAGAGAAGAAGAAGAAAGAAAAAGCUGCUCCCAAAGCUGCCGAACCAGAGCCGAAAGAAGAAGCGCCCGCGCCCGCGCCACAGCAGCCUCUUCCCACUGUCAAUGAGCCCAUCGCUGAUGAGGAAGCAGGAAAAGAGAGGGAAGAUGGAAGAAGAGCUUCAAAAGCUCAAAAGGGAGCCCGACCACCAGGCCCAACAUUUGCAAAGCCUGCAGAAAACAAGGUUGUUGUUGAGGGCCAGACUUUGAAAUGUUCAUUCAAAAUCGACACCAAUGACUGUCCAAUGCCUAAAGUUAAAUUCUACCGAGCUGGACGUGAAAUUGUCAAUGACACCCGCUGUGCUAUCCGUGUCAAUGACUUGCUAAAUUGUGCCAGUCUUGAAAUAAAAAAAACUAAAAUUCAAGAUGAGGCUAAAUAUUCUGUGGUGCUGGAACAUGAUGGAUACACAUCUGAUACAACAUCUUUCAGUGUUUUCAUUAAAGAUCCUAAAGAUUCCAGUCUAGAUUUUCGUUCAUUACUUAAACACAGAGGUGAUAAAAAGACAGCUGAUGAUGAUGAUGACUUGGAUUGGGGACAGUUAAAACCAGUAAAACGUGACAAAGCCGAUGAUGGAAACCUUAAGGGAAAUCACCAACUUAAAAAAAUUGACAAGGGUCAGACAGUGGACAAAUCUGGUAGGAGAUUGUCUCAGAUUGAGCUGACACGUAUGAGUUUGAAGAAAACUGAGAAAGCUGGAAGUGAUAGUGAAGACGAAAAGAAAGAUUCAGCCAGCCGACGACAGUCAGUUGAGAGCACUGACUUACCCAUCAUGAAAGUGUCGGCCGAAAAACUUGAGGCUCUUGAAAACCAGCGUCGCAAUUCUCGACAGAUGCGUCGAGCAUCUUUGGCAGAUGUGAUUCCUGAUUGGCCAACAUUACAACAUAGAAUUAAAGAAAAGGAGGCUCCUGAAAAUUUCCUCAAAGAAUUGGAAGAUAUUAAGGUAAUGGAAGGUACUGAAAAAGUACAAUUCGCUACAACAUUUUGCCGUCCAGGAGCUAAAGUUCAAUGGUUCAAAAAUAAGAUGGACAUUUUCCAUGGUGGGAAAUAUCACAUUGAGAAUGAAGGUGAUGAUUAUACCCUCACAAUUCUUAAUGUUAAACUAGAAGAUGGUGGAAAAUAUAUUUGUCAAGUCAACAACAGUAUAUCAUCAGGAUGGCUAUAUGUUGAAGCAAAGGAACCAGAAUAUCAUUUCACCAAAAAAUUGCCUCAACAUCAUGAGGUAGUGAGGAAGAAAGAUACACAACUUGAAUGCUUUGUUUCUGACCCAAGAGCAAAAGUUAAAUGGUUCAGAAUGGGUGAGCCAAUUGAGUUUGAACCAGGAAAAUAUGAGAUGCAGAGGCGAGAAAAUAGGUGCAUAUUAAAGAUUAAAAAUGUAGGUCCAGGGGAUGAAGCUGAAUAUUCUUGUGUCUGUGGAAAAGCAUCCACUUACUGUGAUUUAUAUGUAGAAGAACCUGAGUGGGACUUUUUCAAACAACUUGAUGAUGUUGAAGCAACAGAAAGAGAAAAGGCUGUUCUUCAGUGUGAUGUAAAUGAUAAGGAAGCAGAAGUCACCUGGUUCAAGGGAGACAAGGAAAUUAAACCCGAAGAAGAGCCAGAUAAGUUUGAAGUAGAAAAAGAUGGUAUGAAGAGAAAGCUUAUAAUCAAAGAUGUGACUCUGAAAGAUGAAGGACCUUACACUUGUAAAGUUCUUGAUAAAACAAGCACAGCUGAACUCUUUGUUGAACCUGAUAUCAAGUUCUCCAAGAAGCUUACUGACACUAGUGUUAAAGAAGAAGAUACAAUAUGCUUAGAGUGUGUUGCCACUAAUCCACAUGGUCAGCCAAUUGUAUGGACAAAAGACGGCAAACCCUUAAGUCCAUCAAACAGGAUACAAGAACUUCAUGAUGGAGAUAAGCAUACUUUGUUGAUCAAAGAUGCUUCCAUGAAGGAUGCUGGAAUGUAUGCUUGCAAAUUUGGAGAAAGGGCUACACGUGCUGAAGUCAAAGUUGAUGAAAAACCUAGACCUCCAAAAUUGGACCCCACUCGUAUUCCUCAUGAAAUUAUUGUCAAAAGAGGAGAGAAAAUUCAGUUGGACAUUCCAUAUCAAGCUGUGCCUAUUCCAAAAGCUAGCUGGAAGAAAGAUGGGGUGAAUCUAAGUUCAGCUGAUUUAGACAUGGAAAUAUCAGAUAAAUUCACCAGUCUCACAAUUCCAGAUGCCCAAAGAUCAGAUUCAGGCGAAUAUGAGCUUACUCUCACCAACAGUAUUGGUUCAGAUAAAAUACCAAUUAAAGUUAAAGUUAUUGAUAAACCUACACCUCCUGGUGCACCUCUAGAUGUAGCAGAUAUUUUCAAAGACAAAUGCCUUUUGUCAUGGAAGAAACCCAAAGAUGAUGGUGGUUGUCCCAUCAAACAUUAUAUUGUGGAAAAGAUGGAUACCAGUACAGAUGAAUGGGUCGAAGUUGCUAAAGUUAAUGAACUGCAAUGCAGAGUAAAAGGAUUAACACCCAGCCAUCGUUACCAAUUCCGAGUAAAGGCUGUCAAUUCAGAAGGCCAAAGCAAACCAUUGAAUACAGAUGGUGAAAUUUUGGCCAAAGAUCCCUGGAGUCCUGCUGAUAAACCUGGCAAGCCAGAAGUUGUUGAUACUGAUAGAGAUUUUGUGAAAUUGAAAUGGAAAGCCCCUAAGAAUGAUGGUGGUGCCCCUAUUGAGGGAUACCUCAUUCAAAAGAAACUGAAGGGCUCAGAUGAUUGGGAAGAUGCCAAGGAAGUUCCAGUUGAUGAAAAAGAAACUACUGUAAAAGGACUGAAAGAAAACAAGGAAUAUGAUUUCCGUGUUAUUGCUAAAAAUAGAGCAGGUAAUUCAAUACCUAGCGCUACCUCAGGACCAGUUCUUACAAGACCACGUAAAGUGAAACCAAGAAUUGACACUAAGUCUUUGAGAGAUGUCAAAAUUAAAAGAGAUCAGACAUUCUCAUUGGAACCAGAAUUUGUGGGAGAACCACCACCAACUGUUACUUGGGUUAAGAAAGGUUUGGAUGGCAAGACUGUUCCAGUUGAGUCAACCAGUAUUAUUACUAUUGAGAACAAAGAGAAACGUUCAACUCUUUCAUGCAAAAAAGGUGUACGUAGCGAUACUGGCGAAUACACCAUCACUAUUCAAAACGAACAUGGAUCAGAUUCAGCAACUGUCAAUGUUAUUGUGUUGAGUGGACCAGCUCGGCCAGAAGGUCCUCUGGAAGUGAGCAACAUUACAAAAGACAGUGCAACCCUGACUUGGAAAGCUCCAGCAGAUAAAGGUGGAAGUGACAUAACUGGUUAUGUUGUUGAGAAAUUUGAUCCUACUAAAGGAAAAUGGGAGAAAGUAAGCAAUGCCGUUAGUGGAACUAAAGUAACUGUACCUAAACUUCAAGAUGGUCAUGAAUAUAAAUUCCGUGUUAUGGCUGAAAAUGUCCAUGGCCUGAGUGAACCUUUAGAGACAGAUAAAAGCAUUAUUGCCAAGAAUCCUUUCAAUGAACCACAUCCACCAAGCCAACCAACAAUCGUGGAUCAUGAUAGGACUCACAUCGACCUUAAAUGGGAUAAACCAGAAAAUGAUGGUGGUGCACCAAUUACUGGUUAUGAUAUUGAAAGGAAAGAAACUAAAAGUAACCGUUGGGUUAAGGUCAACCGCAGCCCAGUUUCUGAAACUAACUUCACUGAUGAUAAAGUAGUUGAAGGAAAAGAGUAUGAGUAUAGAGUGAAGGCAGUAAACAAAGCAGGAGAAUCAGAUCCAAGCCUUGUUUCUAAACCAGUUACUGCAAAACCAUCCAAAGAGAAACCAAAAGUAAAUCUUGAUAGCUUAUUUGGUGCUCGGGAGAUUCGUGUCAGAGCUGGAGAGCCUCUUACAAUUCCUCUGGGUAUUUCGGGUGCUCCAACUCCUACAGUUAUUUGGCAAAAGAAUGGCAAACCUGUAGGUCCUCGUGCUGAAACAACCAACAGUGAAACUGAUGCUAAGCUCUAUGUCCCAUGUGCUGAAAGGGGAGAUAGUGGCAAAUAUACAGUUAAUAUCAGCAACCCAUUAGGAACUGACACAGCUGACAUUCAAGUCGUUGUCUUGGAUAAACCUGGAAUUCCUGGAGAACCUAUGGAAAUCAAAGAUGUCACAGCUGAUUCUUGUAAAUUGUCUUGGAAUCCACCAGCAGAUUUGGGUGGCGUUGAUGUAUCAGGUUACAUUUUAGAGAAAUGUGAAGAAGGCUCCAAUUUCUGGGAAAAAGUUCCUGGUUUAAUUGCAGGAACAUCUCAUACAGUCAAAGGGCUGAAAGAUGGAAAAUCUUAUCAGUUCCGUGUAAAAGCUGAAAACAUGUAUGGUGUUAGUGAGCCUCUGGUCAGCAAAAAGGUUGUUGCAAAGAAUCCAUUUGAUGCACCAGAUGCCCCACAUGGAGUCGAAAUCACAAAAUUCGAUCGUUCCUCAUGUUCCUUGAAAUGGAAAGCACCUUCUUCAGAUGGUGGAAAUCCAAUCAAAGGUUACAUUGUUGAGAAGAAAGAAAGGAAGGAUAAAGAUUGGGUUAAAGCUUGUGUCUUCCCAACCCCAGACACAAAUUUCACUGUACUGAACUUAACUGAAGGUCAAGAUGUUGAGUUCAGAGUUUCUGCUGUUAAUGACGCAGGUCCAGGAAAACCCAGUAAAACAACACCACCUCACUUAGUUAGAGAUCCAGUUUUCCCAGCUGGCUCUCCAAGCUCUCCUAGUCUUGAUAAAAUCACUAAGGAUUCUGUCACUUUGUCUUGGACACCACCUAAAAAUGAUGGCGGAAGUAAAAUCAUUGGUUAUACAGUUGAAAAGAAAGGAAAGGAUGGUAAAUGGGUGCCAUGUACUCGUGCUCCAGUAGAUGGUACUAGCUUCACAGUAACUAAAUUACCUGAAGGAGAAGAGAUGCAGUUUAGAGUUAUUGCUGAAAAUGCAGCAGGUCCAGGAGAACCAAGUAAACCAACACAAGCAGUUGUGAUUGAAGAUCAACCAGAAAAACCAACAAUCGAUCUAUCAGGUAUUAAAGACAUAACUGUGAAAGCAGGACAAGAUUUCAAACUGGCCAUUCCAUUUACUGGAGUUCCAAAACCAACUACAACAUGGAUGAGAGAUGGUGAACCAGUCAAAGAAAACACUCGUACAGAUAUGAAGACAACCAAAAAUUCUGCUGAAUUAGAAACAGUAAAGGCCACAAGAAAUGAUGCAGGUCGAUAUACUUUGAAUUUGAAGAACGCAUCAGGUUCUGAUUCCGUCAGUGUGAAAGUCAAUGUACUUGACCGACCUACAGCUCCAAAUGGACCAUUCAUUGCCACUGAUAUUGAUGGUGAAUCCCUAAUGCUUCAAUGGCAACCACCAAAGGACGAUGGCGGCAACCCUAUUAACAACUAUAUUUUGGAGAAGAAAAAGACUGGUACAAACAGAUGGACAAAAUGUAGCAGCUUUAUUAACGCUCCAAAGUUCACUGUUCGCAAUCUUGAACCAGGCUGUGAAUAUGAUUUCAGAGUCAUGGCUGAAAACGACCAAGGUGUCAGUGAUGCCCUGGAAACAGAUGAAGCAGUCUUGGCUAAACUUCCUUAUGAUCCUCCAAGCACUCCCGGAGUUCCAAAAUGUGUUUCAACAACUGAAGAUUCCAUUACAUUGCAGUGGAAUCCACCAAAGAAAGAUGGUGGUAGUCCUCUCUUUGGCUACAUUAUUGAAAAGAGGGAGAAGGGUGACACCAAAUGGACAAAAGCUAAUCAUAGUGAGAUUCCUGAAGAAGAAUUCACUGUUCGUGGUUUGACUGAAGGAAAAGACUAUGAAUUUCGAGUGUGUGCAGUUAAUGCUGCUGGACCAGGUCAAUUUAGUGAAUGCUCAGAAGCUAUCAAAGCACGUCCUCCACCAGUGGCUCCCAAGAUCAACUUUGAUUAUCUGACCAGAGAUGUCACAGCCAUUUUGGGAGAAGAAUUUAAAAUCGUUAUUCCUUUCACUGGAAAUCCAAUUCCAGACUCAACAUGGAAACUGGGAAAAGCUUCAGUAGCUGAUGAUCCUCGAGUGAAGAUAAACUCCAGUCCUGAUCAAAUUGUUAUGGUUAAUAGGAAAGCAGAAAUGACAGAUGCUGGAAAAUACAACAUCACUCUGUCAAAUGAGAAAGGAUUUGAUACAGUUAGUGUAAAUGUCACUAUUGUUGACAAACCUUCUAAACCAGAAGCUCCACUGGAAGUUUCAGAGAUUACCCCAGAUUCUUGUUGUCUCACAUGGAAUCCACCAAAGGAUAAUGGAGGCAGCAUAAUUUCAAAUUAUGUUGUUGAAAAGAUGGAUGUUGCAAAAGGCAAGUGGGAACCAUGCAGUCGAUUUGUGCGUGGUACAACAUAUGAAGUGAUGGGUCUAACAGAGGGACACAGUUACAAAUUCCGUGUAUCUGCUGAAAAUGAAUAUGGUGUAGGAGAGCCGCUUGAGUCAGCAAUGCCCAUUGUAGCAGCUCAUCAAUACACCACUCCUCAAGCCCCAGCUACUCCAGAAAUCAUGGAUGUCGAUGAGAAGUCGGUUAGUCUGGCUUGGUCACGUCCUAAAGAUGAUGGAGGAAAGAAGGUGCAAGGAUACAUUGUAGAAUACAAGGAAGCUGGAACAAACAAAUGGAAACCAGCAACAGAUUUUGCUGUCAAAGACACAAUGUACACAGUUGAUGGACUGAAGAAAGACUGUGAAUAUGAGUUCAGGGUCAGAGCAAAGAACAUUGCUGGUGUCGGUGAGCCAAGUAACAGCACAGGAACAGUUAUGUGCAAACCUAAAUACACCAAGCCUUCAUCUUGUACUAAACCUUAUGCAACAAAUGUGGGCCAAAGCUUUGUUGAACUUAAAUGGGACAAACCCAGACAAGACGGUGGAAGCAAGAUUACUGGUUACAUCAUUGAAAGGAAAGAUCCGCAUAGCAACCAAUGGAUCAAAGCUAAUGACUACCCAGUAAUUGAUACCAGUUACACAGUAUCAAAUCUACCUGAAAAUUCUGAACAUGAAUUCCGAGUGUGUGCUGUGAAUGCAGGUGGAGUAGGGGAACCAAGUCCUCCCAGUGGACCAAUAAAAGUCAAAGAAAAGAUUGUUGGAUGUAUUCCUGAAUUUACCAAGAAACUGAUGAAUACUACUGCUCCACAAGGUGGCACAGCUACCUUCCAAGUUGAAGUCUAUGGCAAACCUGAUCCUGAAAUUCGCUGGCUGAAGAACGGUUUAGAGUUUGGUAGCAGCAGCAGAGCUUCGGUUAAACGAGAUGGAGAUCGUUAUACCCUUACUUUAAGUGAUGUCAAUCCUUCAGAUGCUGGAGACAUCACUUGUGAGAUUAGUAAUCCAAGUGGAUUUACUACAACAUCUUGUAACUUCGUUGUUAAAUCUCCUCCAUCAUUUGGUAAAACCAUUGAAGACCAAGUUUGUGAAAUUGGAGAACAAUUCAAAUUGAAAGUUCCUUUCAGUGGAACAGGACCAUUUGAUUUUAAAUUAAAGAAAGAUGGUAAAGAAAUUCCUGAAGGUGAUCGUGUAAGAAUAUCUGUCUUUGAUGACUAUGCCGUCGUUGUUUUGAAAGAUAAUGGAAAAGAUGAUUCUGGAAAAUACACCUUGGACCUUGGAAAUGAAAGUGGACAUGCUUCUUCUUCUUUCAACUUCAAAGUUGUUAGUCCUCCCGCUGCACCAGAAGGACCUCUUGAUGUCUCAGAAAUUACUAAACAUACAUGCCAUCUUUCUUGGAAACCACCCAAAGAAGAUGGUGGAAGUCGUGUUAAACAUUAUGUAAUUGAACGACAGGAAGUCGGUAAACCAUACUGGAUAACUGUGUCAUCUGCAUGCAAGGAUACUCACUUUGAUGUCCAAGGUCUCUAUGAGAACAGUGUUUAUAAUUUCCGAGUCUCUGCAGUGAAUGAUUAUGGAACUGGGGACUUCAUCACUACAGCAAGUCCAAUUGUUGCUAAAAUGCCUUUUGAUGCCCCUGGUAUUCCUGGAGUACCCGAUGUAACAGAAGUAGGAGGUGAUUUUGUCAGUCUUUCUUGGGAUAAACCAUCCACUGAUGGUGGUGGUAAAAUUCUGGGAUACUGGAUUGAGAAGAAAGAACAUGGGUCAGAGAACUGGUCCCGUGUUAAUUUGCAACCAUGUAUUCCUACCAUGUUCAAUAUUCCCAACUUAAUCGAGGACCGAAAAUAUGAAUUCAGAGUGUUUGCAGAGAAUGAAGCUGGAAUGAGUAAGCCAUCAUUGGCAUCCAAGGUAGUCAAAGUAAAGGAUCCUAAAGCUGCUGUUAUUCCUGAAUUUUCAUCACAUCUGAAGAAGAUGGUUGGUGUAGAAGGCAAAAGUAUCACAUUUGAAUGUUCUGUUCAUGGUACCCCAAAACCAGAAAUUACUUGGUUCAAAGGUGUUCGAGAGAUUUAUGAUGGUCCAAAAUAUACUAUUGAGAAUGAUGGUGAGAAAUACACCCUCACAAUUAAUGAUAUUUUUGGAGAAGAUGCGGACGAGUAUUCUAUUCGGGCAACAAACAAAGGAGGCAGCCGAAAUUCAAGAGCUGAUCUGGAGAUUAAAUCUUCUCCCAAGAUAAAUGUACCACCUCGUUUCCGUGACAUCUCAACCUUUGAAAAGGGCGAAUCUGUAGUAUUGAAAAUACCUUUCACUGGCAACCCUAAACCAACAGUGAAGUGGAUCCGUGAUGGUGAAGAACUCCGUGGUGCUCAUUAUCAUGUAGAAAUCACCGACAGACAUGCUAUCCUUACAAUCAAAGAUGCAAACAAGGACGAUGAUGGACCCUAUAGGCUUAGCUUAGAGAAUGAUCUUGGUGCUGACAGUGCAAUUAUAAAGAUUCAAAUUAACGAUCGACCUGAUCCACCAAGAUUCCCAGUUGUUGAAAACAUUCGAGAUGAUUCUGUUGUAUUGUCAUGGAAACCACCAUUGAAUGAUGGAGGUAGCUUUAUUACAGAUUAUAUCAUUGAGAAACGAGAACCACCACAUCAAAACUGGGUUAAAUGUGCAUCUACAAGAAUGUCCUUCCACAACAUUACGGGGUUGUCAAAUGAAAAAGAAUAUGAAUUUAGAGUCAUUGCUGAAAACUUUUAUGGACGCAGUGAUCCUUGUGAAGAAACAGAAGCUAUUCGUACUGAUAUUCCAGAAGAUGUUAAGAAGAAGAAGCAGCGUGAAGACGAAUUUGGUCGUAAGAUCCGAUCCAGCUAUACAGGACCAAAGAUCAAUGAUUAUGAUAAAUUCUACGAAGAUAUUUGGAAGAAAUAUGUCCCACAACCUGUUGAGAUCAAAUCAGGAAGUGUAUAUGAUUAUUAUGAUAUUCUUGAAGAAUUAGGAAGUGGAGCAUUUGGUGUUGUUCAUCGUUGCAUUGAGAAGUCAACUGGUCGAGUUUUUGUUGCUAAAUUCAUCAACACACCUUAUCCUCUGGAUAAGGUAACUGUUAGAAAUGAAAUUAAUGUGAUGAAUCACUUACAUCAUCCCCAGCUCAUGAAUUUACAUGAUGCUUUUGAUGAUAAAUAUGAAAUGGUGCUAAUUUUUGAGUUUCUUUCUGGAGGAGAGCUUUUCGAUAGAAUUGCAGCUGAAGAUUAUAAGAUGUCUGAAGCAGAAGUUAUCAAUUAUAUGCGACAAGUCUGUGAAGGUCUUAAACAUAUGCACGAAAACAGCAUUGUCCACUUAGAUAUUAAGCCAGAAAACAUCAUGUGUGAAACAAAGAAAAGCACACAAGUUAAAAUCAUAGAUUUUGGUCUGGCAACAAAAUUAAACCCUGAUGAAAUUGUUAAAGUUACAACAGCCACUGCAGAGUUUGCUGCUCCAGAAAUUGUUGAUAGAGAAGCUGUCGGCUUCUACACAGAUAUGUGGGCAGUUGGAGUACUUGCCUAUGUUUUGUUGAGUGGAUUAUCACCUUUUGCUGGGGAGGAUGACUUGGAGACUCUACAGAAUGUCAAAAGAUGUGAUUGGGACUUUGAUGAAGAAGCAUUUAGCAAUGUUUCUGCAGAGGCAAAAGACUUCAUCAAAAGACUUUUGCUCAGAAAUCCAGCGAAAAGGUUAACUGUUCAUGAAGCAAUUGAUCAUGCUUGGCUGAAGGUUUUCGAGGAGGAAGUCCAAAAUACUGACCGAGGGAAGGGUGAUCACAGUAAUCUUACACACAGAAUUCCAUCAAGUCGAUACAACAAAAUCAGGCAGAAGAUCAAAGAGAAAUAUGCUGAUUGGCCUCAACCAAUGCCCGCCAUUGGUCGUAUUGCUAACUUCAGUUCAUUGCGUAAACACAGACCCAAGGAAUACCAGAUAUACGAUACCUACUUUGAUCGCCGUGAAGCUAUUCCUCGCUUUGUGCGUAAGCCACGUAAUGUUUUGGCUGGUGAAGGUCAAAUUGCUAAAUUUGACUGCAAAGUUAUUGCAGUUUCACCUCCUAUUAUUACAUGGGCAAAGGAAGAUUCCAUACUCACUCAGAGUGUAAAACAUAUGCAGAAAUACAAUAACAACGAAUAUGAACUGAAAAUCAGCAGACUGAAAGUUGACGACAAGGGUGAAUAUGUUGUAAGAGCAGAAAACUCUUUUGGUUGCCGUGAAGAAGUUGCUAUACUUAAAGUCGAACCAAUGAGAGAAGUCAGCCGUCAACCAUCUAGCCGUGAGGGUACACCUAGAAGGAAAGUGCGUGUGUCACAAGAGAGAGCAGUUGAAAAACCAAAGGAUAUUCCUCCUUCAUUUACUUUUGACCUUCGUGAAAGACUCAUUCAGCUUGGUGUUGGAUUCAAGCUUCUGUGUACAGUCGCAGCUUUGCCACAUCCGAAGGUCACAUGGCUUAAAGAUGGAAAAGAAAUAAAGACUGGUGAUCAUUAUAUGGUUACUUAUUCAUAUGGAAUCUGUUCAUUAGAAGUACACACAGCUGAACUUUCUGAUGCUGGUAAAUACACAUGUAUUGCAGAAAACUCACUAGGAGAGGUUCAGAGUUCAUGCCGAGUGAAUGUUGAAGAUCGCAUAGGUGAUGUAAAACAAAAACCAAUAGGCUUAGAUUUGUCUAAGCAGAAACAGAGCAGAAUUACCCGUGUUGCAAGACGUACCAAGAAUCUUGAUGAUAUGCUUAAUUCUCUUGACAACGAGGAAAGUAGCAGCAGACAUUCCUCCCGCACUACUACUACUAGUGAGGAUGGAACAAUCAGAACAACUACAACUGUUCACUCUUCAUCUUCAUCCAGCAGGACAACACACAAAAACGAAAUUGAUCUACCAAAAUUCACCAAGCCACUUCAGUCGCAGGCUCUGAAUGAAGGUGACAAACUUACCUUAAAGUGCACUGUUGAAUCAAGUGAAGAACCUGAUAUUGAAUGGUCAAUAAACGAUAGGAUUAUUAAGAGUAAUGUUGCUUCCCAAACAUACUCAAAUGGGGUUUGCACACUACAGCUUCCAGAACUCCUACCAAGUGAUAGUGGAAAAUAUGUUUGUAAAGCUACUAAUUCUGCAGGAGAAUCGAGUACAUCAGCAACUGUUCAUGUUAAAGUGAUUGAAAAACCUGCCAUAACUGAAAUAGGAAAUCCACCAUGUGUUACAAAACCUCUUACUGGUCUUGUGGUGAAAGAUGGAGAUGCUGUUUCUUUGAUUUGUGAAAUAACUGGAAUGCCAAAACCAAGCAUCACUUGGUUACAUGGUGGAAAUAAGAUUGAAAAUUCUGAAGAAUUUGCAUAUGAAAAUAGCGAUGACACCUAUAAAUUAAUAAUUGCUGAAGUGUUUCCUGAGGAUGCUGGUAUUUAUAGCUGUGAGGCAUCAAAUGAGGCUGGUAGAACAUCCUGUUGCUGUACUUUGAAAGUUAUUGUUCCAGACGAUGAGGUUGUUGGUCUUACAUUUGCAACAUUUCCUCAAUCUCUAAGUAUUGAAGAAGGGACACUUGCUAGGUUCAGUUGCAGUUUCGAAGAAAGUAAUGUAAAAGUUACUUGGAAGAAAAAUGAUGAUGAAAUCGAAAACACUGGUCGGUUUAAAUUCACUGAGAAUGAUAAUGAAUUUGGAUUCGAGAUCCCAGCAGCCCUAGCUACUGACAGUGGAGUUUAUAAAGUAGCUGCAAAAGAUAGCAAUGAUGUAGUUUCUUUAUGGACUUUUUCCUUGAAUGUGACAGUAACAGAUACAGCAAGCCCAGCACAUGUUGAUGUUCAAGAACUUCUCAAGUCUAUUGAGUGAAAAUGUGCCAGUCAAGAAAUUCAUUUGACAAUCAACAUUCAAACAUUGAGCUAACCUUUGAGAAAACCAAAUGUGAUAGUCCAUCGAAUCUUUUAACUUAUUGUGGAUUAUUACUCUCUAUGAUGAGUGUUUUCAUUUGAUGUACAAACAGCUAAGCAUGUAAUAAUGUUUUAUAAAAUCUAUAAAUAAAUGCUCUCCUUCGGCUAUUGGAAUAUGAACACAAAUAUGUAUAUAUUAAAGCCUAUCUAAAUUAAAGUAUGUAUAUCAAAUUAGACAUUACUAUUAGUAUUAUCGAUUUAUAUUAACCAAAUCAGUGAUAAACUGAUAAGUUGUUUGAAGGAACAAUAAAUACAAACAAGAAAUUUGAAUGGAGAUUGAAAAUAAAGAAUUUUGGGAUAUAAAAAGAUUUAUAUUUUCUUAUGCUUUAGAGUAAAAUAUUUUUAUUUUGUUGUGAAAGAUAAUUGUUCAUUACAAAUAAUAGGCCAUAUAUUUAAGAUUUUGAUUUUUUCUUUUUUAAAUAAAAAUAAUUUAGAACACUAAAUUUCAGUUUCUUUUAUAUCUUUUUGUAUGAUUUCAAACUCCGUGUUUCGCUGAUAGGCUAUAUAUAUUUUAUACAUGCUUGGAGAAAUUAAUAUAUUGCAUAUUUAUAGAAUAUUCUAAGCUGCUUCAGAAUAUUUAUAAACUUAAUCAGAAUUUGAAAUGACCAUUGAUCUUUCUUUAAAAAAAUCAAAUUGUUAACUAUUUAAAAUUGUAAAUGAAAAUCGAAAUGUUCACUAAGAAAAUGUG